GGGGACUUCCGGGGUAGGGCCUGUCGGAGCGGAAGUGCCGUGUGGCGCGCGGGGUCUGAUCCGGGCGGUGGUCGGCGCGCUUAGGUUCAUCGACAGCCGGGGGCGCGCGGAGGCUCGAGAGGGUGUCGGGUGCCUGACCUGGCCUCGCGGCCAUGAACCUGGAGCCGCUGCGCAAACGCGUCCGGCAGUACUUGGACCAGCAACAGUAUCAAAGUGCUCUGUUUUGGGCAGACAAGGUAGCUUCACUCUCUCAUGAGGAACCCCAGGAUGUUUAUUGGUUGGCUCAGUGUCUUUACCUCACAGCACAAUACCACAGAGCAGCCCAUGCACUCCGGUCACGCAAGCUGGACAAACUGUAUGAAGCUUGCCGAUACCUUGCAGCUAGAUGCCAUUACGCUGCAAAAGAGCACCAGCAGGCCCUGGACAUCCUCGAUAUGGAGGAGCCGAUCAACAGAAGGCUCUUUGAGAAGUACCUGAAGGAUGACAGUGGCUCAAAAGAUCCUUCUAGUGACUGGGAGAUGUCACAGUCCUCCAUAAAGAGCUCUAUCUGUCUUCUACGAGGGAAAAUCUAUGAUGCUUUAGAUAAUCGCACCCUGGCUACCUACAGUUACAAAGAGGCUCUGAAGCUCGACGUCUACUGCUUUGAAGCCUUUGAUCUUCUGACAUCACACCACAUGCUGACAGCACAGGAAGAAAAAGAACUUCUGGACUCACUGCCUCUUAGCAAGCUCUGUGCUGAAGAACAAGAAUUGCUACGAUUUGUAUUUGAGAACAAAUUAAAGAAGUAUAAUAAGCCCAGUGAAACUGUCAUUCCCGAGUCAGUGGAUGGCUUGCAAGAGAAUCUGGAUGUGGUAGUGUCUUUAGCUGAGAGACAUUAUUAUAACUGUGACUUUAAGAUGUGCUACAAGCUUACUUCUGCAGUGAUGGAAAAAGAUCCCUUCCAUGCAAACUGCUUACCUGUGCACAUAGGAACUCUUGUGGAGCUGAAUAAAGCAAAUGAACUGUUCUAUCUUUCUCACAAAUUGGUGGAUUUAUAUCCGAGUAAUCCUGUAUCUUGGUUUGCGGUGGGAUGUUACUAUCUCAUGGUUGGUCAUAAAAAUGAGCAUGCCAGAAGAUAUCUCAGCAAAGCUACCACGUUGGAGAAGACCUACGGACCUGCCUGGAUAGCCUACGGGCAUUCCUUUGCAGUGGAGAGUGAGCACGACCAAGCAAUGGCCGCCUAUUUCACAGCUGCACAGCUGAUGAAAGGGUGUCACUUGCCAAUGCUAUAUAUUGGAUUAGAAUAUGGUUUGACCAAUAACUCGAAACUGGCUGAGCGGUUCUUUGGCCAAGCUCUGAGCAUCGCCCCAGAAGACCCAUUUGUUAUUCAUGAGGUUGGAGUGGUUGCCUUUCAGAAUGGAGAAUGGAAAACAGCAGAAAAAUGGUUUCUCGAUGCUUUGGAAAAAAUUAAAGCAAUUGGGAAUGAGGUGACAGUUGACAAAUGGGAGCCUCUGUUGAACAACCUGGGACAUGUCUGCAGAAAACUUAAGAAGUAUGCUGAGGCCUUGGAUUACCACAGGCAGGCCCUGGUGCUCAUCCCUCAGAACGCAUCCACCUACUCUGCCAUCGGCUACAUCCACAGCCUGAUGGGCAACUUCGAAAACGCUGUGGACUACUUCCACACGGCUCUUGGUCUUAGGCGAGAUGACACAUUUUCUGUUACAAUGCUUGGUCACUGCAUUGAAAUGUACAUUGGUGAUUCUGAAGCUUACAUCGGAGCAGACAUUAAAGACAAAUUAAAGUGCUAUGACUUCGAUGUGCAUACAAUGAAAACACUAAAAAACAUCAUUUCACCACCAUGGGAUUUCAGGGACUUUGAAGUAGAAAAGCAGAACACAGAGGAAGCGGGGCUUGCACCUCUGGAAAACGCCACUAAAACUCCAGAGUCCAGACCUUCCUUGGAAGAGACUUUUGAAAUUGAAAUGAAUGAAAGUGACAUGAUGCUAGAGACGUCUAUGUCAGACCACAGCACAUAACCACAGCACUUAACCUCACAGAGGUCCAGGGUCCACCCUCAUGUGCCAGCGUAGGUCAGUGCUCCCUUGAAGCCUUGCUACGUCAUACGGAUUUCCCAGUUCCUGAUGUGACUCCAGACUACAUCUCUACAGUUAGGACCAGCAGCCUGCAUUAAGAGGUGGGACAGCAGACCUUGGCAACAGAUGUUUUCUGAUUUUCUGAACCUACAAAGUAAUUAGUUACAUGUAGCAGAAUAAAGAAGGUCAACUGUUUGUUGUCUUUUUCAUUGUCUUUUCCAAUAAAUUUAUAUUUGGGAAUAACUUUA